GAUAGCUGGUGAGUGUCCUUGACAGGGCCUCGAGGGGCGCGUGUGAUCUGGGUGCCAGAGACCCUUACUCAGGGACCUCUGGGGGACCUCAGGGGACCAGACUACCGUCCCCGACCCGUUCGAGUCCAGCUUGACCUUUAAGGCUGAGGGCGGGACCUGUGGCAUUGGAGCGAGUCUCAUGGGGUGGGGGCGGGGCUCCUUUUAACCAGCUAGGAAUUUAGGGGAUGCUGGAGGAACUUACUAAAGAGUAGCCGCACACUUGACGGGAACGUUUGAGUUUCAGAACAAUCCCAUAGGAGUAGAUAUUAUUAUCUCCCAUAAUGAAGAAACGGAAGCUCACAUAGAUGAGACGGAAGUCCUGAGAGUUUGACCGAUUUAAGGUCACGUGCCUAGGAAGUGCUGGAACCAAGACUCGGAGUUUUCUCUAAGUUUAGUGCCUUUUUUUUGUUUUAAACCACACUGUUGCAUUUCCCCCCAUUUUGGAAAGCUUUAUAGUUGGAAAGAAUGAAAACCUGAUCUGACCCCUUCAUUUUAUGGUUGAAACAAAAUCUACGUAGGAGAAAUCACUUGGUACAAGUCACAAGUCAGUGGUAGAGCUGCCGCAAAUGCUUUUUGAAUACGUGUGAUUAUGAAUCUAAAUGGCAGAUGGCAGGGAGUGAUAAGUGGAUGUUUCCAAGGAUUGUCUUCAGUCAUGGCCUUGGGAUUAAAGUGCUUCCGCAUGGUCCACCCUACCUUUCGCAAUUAUCUUACAGCCUCUAUCAGACCCGUUUCAGAAGUUACACUGAAGACAGUGCAUGAAAGACCACAUGGCCAUAGGCAAUACAUGGCCUAUUCAGCUGUACCAGUCCGCCAUUUUGCUACCAAGAAAGCCAAAGCCAAAGGGAAAGGACAGUCCCAAACCAGAGUGAAUAUUAAUGCUGCCUUGGUUGAGGAUAUAAUCAACUUGGAAGAGGUGAAUGAAGAAAUGAAGUCUGUGAUAGAAGCACUCAAGGAUAAUUUCAAUAAGACUCUCAAUAUAAGGACCUCACCAGGAUCCCUUGACAAGAUUGCUGUGGUAACUGCUGAUGGGAAGCUUGCUUUAAACCAGAUUAGCCAGAUCUCCAUGAAGUCGCCACAGCUGAUUUUGGUGAAUAUGGCCAGCUUCCCAGAGUGUACAGCUGCAGCUAUCAAGGCUAUAAGAGAAAGUGGAAUGAAUCUGAACCCAGAAGUGGAAGGGACGCUAAUUCGGGUACCCAUUCCCCAAGUAACCAGAGAGCACAGAGAAAUGCUGGUGAAACUGGCCAAACAGAACACCAACAAGGCCAAAGACUCUUUACGGAAGGUUCGCACCAACUCAAUGAACAAGCUGAAGAAAUCCAAGUAUACAGUCUCGGAGGACACCAUUAGGCUAAUAGAGAAACAGAUCAGCCAAAUGGCCGAUGACACAGUGGCAGAACUGGACAGGCAUCUGGCAGUGAAGACCAAAGAACUCCUUGGAUGAAAGUCCACUGGGGCCAGCAAUACUGCAGAGCCCAGUUUCUGCUGGAUCCCAUGGGUGGCACAUUGGGACUUCUCUCCCUCCCCCAUCCACACAGAAGACUGUCACCAUGCUGACAGAAGGCUGUCCUUGUAAGGCCCAGCCUUCCAGGGGAACACUCAGACAUGUUCAUUCUCUUCCUGCUUCUGCUCUGGGCCUUCUGAUGUGGGUGGCUCUCAGAAAAUACUUGCUGCUGGCAAAAGGCCUGUACUCAGGCAUUUGCUUUGACUUGAUGUUGCCAAGGGACUGAGGCCAUUGGCAGGCUUAGUACCACCUGCUCCUCAUCUUAGGAGUCUCCUUUUCAAAUAAUUAGGCUCUGUUCCCAUUUUAAAACUCUGAUAUUGGCCUUCACCUGUGACUGGACACUUUACUAGAGGCCCAUUUUCACUAAACAAUAAAAUCUAAAUAAAUUGGAAGGAAUAACAACCACAAAGGAAAGAAUAGAGUUGGUCUGGAUUGAUGAUCACUGAGGAUCUGUAUGUGAGGCACCCAGAACAGUAGUUUUGCCUGUGAGUCAUCUUCACACAUGCUGUUUUCUCUGCCUGGAUCUCUCUUCCCCUCCUUACCUGGCCAGUCCUGUUUAUCAUCAGGCCUUGUCUUGGAUAUCACGUCCUCUGGGAAGUCUUCUUUUCCCCUCUAACCUAGGACCCUCAUUACCGGCUCUCAUAGCACUGUCUACUGCUUUGUACGAAUUCUAAGUAUUCUUUUUGCACUUAAUUAGCCUGUAUAUCCUCAGAACUUUGUGUAAUGCCUGGAGCAUACUAGGCCGUCAUAUGUUGUAUUGUGAAUAAAUUGCACAUAGUAGCUACCCAGCAAA